AUGAAUCAGCCUCCAUAUCCACCUCCAGGUUAUCCAGGAUAAUAAGGAUAACCCAAUUAUCCUCCACAACCUGGAUAUCCUCCCUAACCAAAUUACCCUCCAUAACCUGGCUAUGCUCCACAACCAGGAUACCCUACCUAACCAGGAUAUCCACCAUAACCAGGAUAUCCUCCUUAAGCUGGAUACCCUCCACAAACUGGAUAUCCUCCAUAACCUGGAUAUCCUCCAUAAACCGGAUAUCCAUAACCAUAAGUGAGAUAGGUGUAAUUUGUUGUCAAUGCUUGGCCAUUAUUUAAUAAUUUCCCCGUAACAGUGACAAUAGAUGAUAACCAAUAUGUUGAUACUUUAGUGAGAAAUGCUUGCUCAUAAGCAUUAUUAAAUUAUAAUGCUGUAAGAGGAUUAAAGAUCAAGCCUGGUCAAUCUAAAAACUAAUUUGGAAAGGCUGAACUGCUACCUCCAAAUACUACAAUAGCUUAAGUUGCUAAUUAACAUCAAAGAGGAAAUGACAAAAUUUAAGUUCACUUAGAUUUGAUGCCAUAGGUAGGAUAGCCAAUUACAGUAUCUCCUAGGGUCGCUGGAUUCGAUUAUGCAACAUUAGAUAACUUAAAGUAGAAUCCAAGAGCCUUUGGAGAAACUGUAUGUGCAAUGUUGAAUAGUGAUGGUGGAAUUUGUUUGAUUGGGUUAGGUUAAGAUAUGAAGAUUAAAGGAUUGCUAGUACCAAAUACAAAACAAGAAAUCCAAUAAACCAUUGUUUCAUUGCUUAAGGAUCAUAUCUAUCCUCCUGGAUUUUAGUCUUUAAUUAAAGCUAAAAUACAUCCAUUGAUAGACUAAAAUGGAAUUAAGUCUUAGUUAUCAGGACUUGUUGUUUAAGUAGAGAGAUGUCCAAAAACUGAUAUUGCCUUUACUCACGAUUAUGUAUUUUUCUAUAGAAAGGGAAAUGUCAAUGAGAGAGCUUAUCCACAUGAAAUAACAAAUAUUCUAAGAUAGAAAAAGGGAAAGGUUGCCAAAUAAUUUGUCUUAACAUUUAACAUUUGAUCAUUAUUAUCCAAAAAUAUUUCUAAGAAAAUAAAUAUAAACUCUUUUUA